AUGCCCGAGGGCGCUGGGAGCGCGCGGCGCACGCCGGCGCCGGCGGCCAGGCCAAGGGAGGCGUCGGAGGGACGACUGCGGUGGCGGGCGAGGGGGGCCGCGGCCGCAGCGAGGCCGGUCGCUAGUGGCCGGAGCGGGUGGGACGAGAGGAGCGACGGGCGGCGCCGGAGCGGGGUCGGGCAGGCAGGCGGCGAGCAGUGGGGUGCGCUCGCUGGGCCGGUGAGGACGACGAGCACGGGGCCGACUGAGGGCGGGCACGGAGGAGGCGAGCAAGCCGUGGCCACGACGCCCGACCUGACCUCUGUCUCCUCCUCUACCUUGUUGCUGCUCACCGACGCGCGUGCACGACGCCACCCGCGCCUGCUAGCCUCAGAGGGCCUCCCCCUCCCCUGCCUCUGUCUUUCGCCCGAGCAUGCCGCGACCGCGCCGCACCUGGCCUCGCCCGCCGCAGCCCAUGCUGCUCCCGCUACCGCUCGCUGUCGCGCUCGCCCACCUCUGCUCUCCCAUGCUGCUCACCCCACCGUGCGCCUGCAAAUGCGCGCUCCCCACGCUGAGUGCCGCCCGCGCGUGCCCAGGGCGCACCCCUGCCUUGGUUGGCCGCCCUCCUCCACCCCUGGCCGCGGCCACGCGCACGCACGCCCGCUGCUCCCGGCGCCUCUGCUCGCGUUACUGCCUCCCUGCUACGGCCCCGCGUCGGCGCUCGCCACCGCCCGCGAACGUGCUUCGCUCGGCCCCGCGCAGCCUCGCCACUCGCCGCCGAGCGCCCGCCCCGUCGCCUCGGGUCCGCCCCGACUGGCGAUGUGCCCGCUGCCCGCACGCCCGAUAGGCCCCCUGGGGCCUAUGACAAGGGGGCUCCACGCCCAGAAUGUUUUUAGAAAGAACAAAUAA